UCCCCCAGCGCGUAUGCUCGGCGGUCCGGGCAGCUAGAGCGUCCCUCCUACUGGGAGCCGCGUGUGACCUUCUCGCUUGCGGAGCGAUGCUGCCGGCGGCCGCAAGCCUCCUAUGGGGGCCGUGUCUUAGGAUUCGAGCCGCCGCCCUCCGCCUCGCCAGGCAACAGGUACCUCGUGUCUGCUCCGUGCGCCUGAUGAGAUGCAGCAGCCAUCGAGGGGGGGAGGCCCUUGCUGGUGCCCCCUUGGAUAACACCCCCAAGGAGUACCCCCCCAAGAUCCAGCAGCUGGUCCAGGACAUUGCCAGCCUCACGCUGCUGGAGAUCUCAGACCUCAACGAGCUCCUGAAGAAAACGUUGAAGAUCCAGGAUGUGGGGUUCAUGCCGAUGGGUGGCAUGGUGCCUGGUGCUGCCCCUGCCGCAGCAGCCCCCGAGGCAGCAGAAGAAGACAUCCCCAAACAAAAAGAACGGACGCAUUUCACUGUCCGCCUGACAGAGGCAAAACCCGUGGACAAGGUGAAGCUGAUCAAGGAAAUCAAGAACUUCGUCCAGGGCAUCAACCUCGUCCAGGCAAAGAAGCUGGUGGAAUCCCUGCCUCAGGAAAUCAAAGCCAACGUGGCCAAGGCCGAGGCCGAGAAGAUCAAGGCAGCCCUAGAGGCAGUGGGCGGCACCGUGGUUCUGGAGUAGCCGCCCAGAGGACUGUGGACAGGGGUCCCGGGCCCCGAGUGGGGCUCUACCUGCUCCUCGCGAAGCACCCAGGCUCAGCGGACAGAG